AUGAAGACCCCCAUCUUUGCCCUCCUUGGCCUACCCACGAUCUUUAGAAUCGCUCUAGUAGUCCAGGCUACUCUACAUCCUCGUCAAGGGAUUACUGUCCUAAGUUCAGCAGAAAUCACAGCGUUUAAACCGUACACGUUCUUUGCCAGUGCAGGAUACUGCGAACCCAACGCGACUUUGGCGUGGAAUUGCGGAUCCGAUUGCGAAGCAAACUCAGACUUUGAGCCCGUCGCGUCUGGGGGGUAUGUUGGCUAUUCCCCUUCGUUAUCCACGGUCAUAGUUGCCCACCAAGGGACGGAUCCUUCACAAAUUGUAUCGCUCCUUACCGAUGGGGAUUUCGCGCUGUCUCCUUUGGACCCCGAUCUUUUCCCUGGAAUUAGCUCUAAUAUUUUGGUUCACAGUGGUUUCAGAGAUUCCCAGGCCAGGUCGGCGGAGGAUAUCUUAAGCACCGUCACUACUGCUUUGUCAGAAUACGGUACGAACAAUGUAACCCUUGUUGGACAUUCCCUCGGGGCUGCUUUGUCGCUUUUGGACGCUGUCUAUCUUCCCCUCCACUUAGAUGCUUCAUACAGGAUGAUUGGCUAUGGUUUGCCUCGGGUAGGGAACCAAGAAUUCGCCGACUAUCUGGAUGCUUCUUUUCCCGGCAAGAUUUCACACAUAAAUAACAAGCAGGAUCCUGUUCCAAUUCUGCCUGGGAUGGCUCUAGGAUUUCAUCAGCCUUCUGGAGAGAUCCAUAUCGAUUCCGACAACGACUGGAAUUCCUGCCCAGGUCAAGACAACCCGGAAAAGGGAUGUACUGUUGGGGAUGUCAGUAGCAUACUUGUUGGUGACUUAAAUGACCAUGACGGACCCUAUGACGGUGUCGAAAUGGACUCAAGCUGUUGAACGCAUUGUUCCCUAUCCGUUUCGUCGCGUAUGCAGCCUGUCGAUGCUUUGUUUAUGGGGAGAAUGAUGUUGUACUUAAUGUCUUUUAAGGAUCGAGGGAAGCUAUCCUCUCAAGGCAAAAUGCUCUCAGUAUUAUUUUGAGAAUAGCAGCAGGGACGGGCUCAGUUAAGUAAUCAAAGUCAAGUAGGAUCAACUCCAAUUUCGACCUUCG